UUUUUUGCCACAAUGCCGUGGCUGGCUCUUCCCUUUGGUGAUGAAAGGAAGGUGUGAUUGAGUAGUCUGUUCAAAGUUCAUGGUAUCCCCAUGUUGGUUGCUAUUAGGCCAACAGGCAGGACUGUUACAACUGAAGCCAGAAAUCUAGUUAUGUGUCAUGGUGCUGAUGCUUAUCGAUUCACAGAGGAGGGCGUGAAGGAGAUUGAGGCACAAUAUGAGGAGAUGGCAAAGGGGUGGCCUGAGAAUGUGAAUCACGCUCUCCAUGAGCAUGAACUCGUACUUACGAAGCGCUUGUUUUAUAACUGUGAUGGAUGCAAUGGCGAGGGACGAGUGUGGUCCUUCUGUUGUGAAGAGCGUGAUUUUGAUCUCCACCCCAAAUGUGAGAACAAGGGAUGCAACAUAGAUGCAGAGGCAGAAGAAAAGGAGCUUGAAGAGGAGGAAAUGAAAAAAAAAGCUUAGGGAGUUGGUUAAGUUGGAGGUUUGAAUGAGUC